AUGUGCGUGUUAGUUCCUGGUUGUGCAAGAUCUGAUGAGUUUGAUAUGAUCAAUAUGGGAAAACCUUCCUCCUUUGUCCUCCUCAUCAUCUUGCUUCUUUGCUUUACAGUCACCUUAGCUUCCAUUGAUACAAACAUCAAUACCGACAAAUUUGCACUUCUUACUCUUAAAUCCUUUAUCACCUCUGAUCCAUAUGAUUUCUUAGCUAAUUGGUCUGUCUCUUCUUCUCCAUGCAGUUGGGCUGGUAUCACAUGCGAUACUCAGCAUGAAAGGGUCCGUUCCGUGAAUCUUAGUGGCAUGAAACUUAAGGGCACCAUACCUCCACAACUAGGAAAUCUCUCACUCCUUGUUGAACUUGAUCUCAACAAAAACAGCUUUCACGGUCAAAUCCCUCAAGACUUAGUUCGAUUACGUCAAUUGCGACUAUUCAACUUGAGCUAUAAUGACUUUCAUGGACAAGUUCCAACAUGGAUAGGAGAUUUAUCUAUGCUUGAGCAGUUAAGUUUUCGAAAUAACAGUCUCAAUGGAUUUAUUCCAUUAUCUCUGUUCAAUCUAUCAAGGUUGGAGACUUUAGAUUGGAAUUCCAAUCUCAUUGAAGGUACCAUUCCGCCUGACAUAGGAAGUCUAAAGCACUUGAAGAAGUUACAACUUUCAAGAAACAAACUUUCAGGAGCAAUUCCUCAAACAGUUUCCAACUUGUCUUCGCUUGAGUUGCUUUGGUUGUCUUCUAAUAGUUUGUCAGGUUCAAUACCAUCUUCAUUAUUCAACAAUUCAGUGCUGCAAGACUUCCUACUUGCAAAAAAUAACUUAUCUGGAAGUCUCCCAACAAAUUUGUGUUUUGGGCUUCCGAAACUUGAAACAUUAGGUGUCCAGGAAAAUGAUUUGUCUGGGGAGAUACCCUCCAUUUGGCAUCAGUGCAAGGAAUUGGCAAAUUUGGAGUUGGCGGAUAACAAAUUCAAUCCAGGAACCGUUCCAAGUGAGAUUGGAAACUUGACCAAACUUCAGUGGCUAGAUCUUAGCGGAAGCAACUUGAAAGGUAAUUUGCCAGAAGAAAUGUGUCAUCAUCUCCCUUUACUUGAAGUCUUUGAUGUUGCUGAUAAUCAAUUAGAGGGAAGCAUUCCAAAAUCAAUAAGUAACUGCACAUCUUUGAAAGAAUUAUAUUUGAAUGUUAACUCAUUUUCAGUCGUCGAUAUUCUUUUCAAUAAAUCACGCAUUAGAACUGAAGUAGAGAGAACAUUUGUUCUCAAAAUUUCAUAA